UUGGAGCAGCUGUUGCUGCUGUCCGAUGUCGGCACGAGGAACAGCCGGAGCGACAGAGAAUCGACGGGAUUGUGUGUUAGGGGUUCCAGAGAUGAGACUUCCUACUUGGACAUGUGGAAGAGCGCCGUCGAGCGGGAGCGCAAGGCGGCAGAGUUCCAGAAGAUUGCUGAUACCUUGCCUCAGAUUGAUGACGGGAACCGGUGGAUUUGGAGAAGAAAAAGCUAG